AUGUUUUCAUAGUAAUUAGAUUAAUCAAACUCUCAAAAUUCUUCAUAAUAAUCAUAGACCUUUCUAACAGUUCCUCGUCUCAUUCAAUAAGACUCUCAAGCUUAUUAUGUAGGAGGCCAUAAAUAAAUAGAUUUUGAAGAUCCAAAUUCAUUAUAAAAAAGUGAGCAUAAGGAAAGUUUAGAAGAAGGAGAUAUUUUAGGUUCAAAAAUAUCUAUUGAGAAACGUGAAAUCAAUAGAAUUGAUGAAGUUGAAGAAAAUUAUAAAUCAUUAAAACUAUUUCAAAUUGAAAUGUAAAAUGUCAGUGGCAGGAAGCUUAUAAUAAAUACUAGAAAGGUUAGUGAUCCAAAUGAUAUUGGAAUUUAAAAGUAAACAGAAUAAAUUGGAAGAGCUUCAUCACCAAAUCUAAAAAUUAAAGAAUGUCCAUUAUAGGAUUCAUUUACUGUUGCUAAAUGGCCUAAAAGAUGGUUCUACAUAAUUAAGUUUUUAAGUAAGUUGAUGUCAGUAUAACCAAAAAUUCUUAAGCAAUCACAUUUAAUGUUAAUUGACGAUAAGGCUUUGAUUAUAAAUCAAAAGAUAUUUCUUUUAAAUCCAUUUUCUCCAUUUAUUGUUUGGAGUCGUUAUAUUUUUCUAUUAUUAUACAUUGUUGGAUUUGUACUUAUCUAUUUAGAAUUCGCUUUUACUGUCACCAAUAGUAUCUUUAUAAUUUUUUGUAUAUUUAUAAUUUAAUCAAGUUGGAUUCACAAUUGUAGAAACUCUGAGCAAUUACUUUAUUGGAGUUUAUAUCUAAGAAUUAUACACAGAAAAUAGAUGGCUUGUAGCGAAAUAAUAUUUAAUGUAUGAUUUAGUACAUAUAAUAUCUUGUCUCCUUACAAUAUUUUACUCUUAAUAUUUCAGUAACAACAUUAUUUAUACUAGUAAUAUUUCUAUUAUUCAGAAUAUAAAGAUUAUAUGUUAUUAAGACUAAUAUUUUGAAUUACACAAUUCCAAUAUUGAUAAUACAUGUAAUAACAACAAUUCAUACAAAGUUUUUUGAUGAUUAGUAAAUAUUAAAAUAUAAUUAGAUUCUUAGAUCAUAAUUAUCUAUCUAAAUAUGUAAUCUCUUUAUAAUGGACAAUAUAUUAGAUUACUAAUAGUGGUAAUACUAUUGAAAUAGAAGAUUGUUCUUAAUAGUCAAUAUAAUUAUAGAUUUUAUCUAUUGUAACAACUAUUUUUGGUUACAUUAUUACUAUUUAUUUAAUAACAAAUGUAAUUAAUUUUGGGAAAUCAACAGAUAAAUAUAAAAUUAGUGCUGAAUUGAAUGAAAAUGUAUAAAGAUAUUUACAUAGAGAUAAAAUUGAAUCAAUUAAUAUUGAAGAAUUUUAAUAAGAAUUAUAAUAAGAAUUAAGAGAAGAACUCUUUAUGCCAUUAUUAUAUAAAUUACCAUUUUCUAAAUAAUUUUUAUAAAAUUUAUGUUAAAAACUUAAAAGUGCUGUUUAUUCAAAUGGUACAAUUUUGUAAUUUUAAAAUUAAAUGAUGGAUAGAUUAUUAUUUUUAAUGAAAGGGAAUGUAGCUUAAUGUAUAGGUAAUAAAAUUUUAGUUCAUAAUUAAAUUCCAAUUUAAUAUUUCUAUUGUUAAAUUUAAUGUCCAAUUUAAUUAAAAUGUUUGAGUGAAUCUUUAAUAGCAUAUAUAGAUUUAAAUGAUUUUUUACAAUUAAUUAAAUUACAUAAUUCUGAUUUUUAAAAAUAUUGUAUGUUAAAAGACAAUUAUAAGAUUGCUUGUCAUUGUUGUGGUUAUAGAAAUCAUACUUUUCAUUAAUGUAAUCAUGUAUUUUAUGUACCAAAUUUUAAAGAACUUAUACUUUUACAUAAUACUUCAGAACCUAAUAAUAGAAUGAGUUUUUAUAGAGAUAAUGGUAGAAAUAGAAUUAAUUCUUUAAUGAAUAAAAAUCUUAUAUGUAUUACAGCUAUUAGUUUUGCCAUAAUAAAUUAAAUAGCUUUAGAAGUUGAUUUAACAAAUGAAGUAAUGGGAAGAUUUCAAGGAACCAUAAGUAAUUUUGAAGAUUCUAUAUUGAAUGAUUAUCAAGAAGAAAGAUCUUCUCGUUAAUCUUUAUAAUAAAGACUUGGAACUUUUGAUGUUCCUAAAAGUUAUAAUUAAGGAGAUACUUUUAGUAGUCAAACUUAUUUUUAAAAUAGUAUUCCAGUAUUGAAAGUAGAAGAGAGAGAAGCAUCUUAGAAUAGUAGAAGAUAUAUUCAUAAACAUAUUGAUUAUAGUGCAACAAAUAAUUCCAUAAAGGCAAAUUUGGUUAAGUCAUCUAAUUCAAAUGAAUUAUAAGUGAAACGAAGUUAGAAAAUUAAAUAAUCAAAUUCAAGUUGUUCUUUAAACAAGAAAUCAGGAUUGGGAGGUUCAGGAAUAUCUUAAUUAGGUUCAAUAAUUCCAUAAUAAGAAGUUUAUGAUGACGAUUUAGAUUAAGUGUGCAAUUAUGAAUAUUAUUAUCCUUCAUAUAAUAUCGAAUAUAUAGCAAAUGCUUUAAAUCAUAAAUUAAUGAGCAAAUACAUACAGUUUGUCAAUUGA